AUGGAGCCUUUUGUUUGGUACUCACAUUAUAUGGUAGCUUGGUUUGAGUGCACCGCAACCAUUGAUGAUGUGCUGCGUGGCUCAAUAUGGUAUUACAUCUCCUGUGGUGGGUGUCAUUCCAAAGCAACGAAAGGGGAGAAAUCUCUAAUAUGUACCAAUAAGAAGUGCGACAGAACUGAGGUCACAGGCGUUCCAGAGUACAUGGCCAAAAUAUCUGUGUAUGACCAGAGUGAGCAGGCUGUGUUUGUCCUACUUGGGGAUGCUGGCCCUGAUGGUGUUGUGCCUGUGCCACAAGCACUAUUGGAAACAAUAGGGCAGACACAUAGGUUUAUAGUGAAGGUCUCAGAUUAUAAUCUAACAGGAAAGAUUCAAUCUACCACUGUCACUAAG